AUGGCUCUCUGGACACCUUACACGGAAGAAGCCCUCGACUUGACCAAACAGAACAUAGAAAAAUCUCCAGAUUACCCUCACUUGGAUCAUUACUACUACGAGUCGUACGGUUCACCACAAACUGUACCUACCUCACAGAUAUCUCCAGACUCGAUCAAAAGUUGGAAUCAGGAAGAUGAAACUCUCUCUGACGACAUGGAAUAUCAAGCCUUCGAACGUGACGCGCUGCAAGCUAUGGCAGAGAGGAAUGGUGGAAGUCUCCUGGGAAAUAAUCCAAGAAUGAAGAGAGUCGUACAAAGCACCCAAGCAUCUGAUGACAUGUACAGAAAGCAAAGACAACGAAACAACUAUGCGGCGAAACAAAGCAGAGACAGACGGAAGCUAAGGGAGGUUCGGUUGGCGUUUCAAGUGACGUUUUUGAAAAAGAAAUUGGCUGAAAUGAGAUCGCAACUCGACAGUAGAGUAUGUGCCAGCUGUCUUCAGAGGCGUUAA